UUGAAUUUGUAUUUUGUUCUCUUACAGAUCAUUGGUUUAACAGUUGUUAUCGCCUCGGCCUGGAUGCUGACAGAUCCAACAUUUGUACUGUCAAUGACACAAUCCUACAAUCAUUAUUACAUUGCUUUGUAUGUGUUUUUGGGUAUUGGAGUUUUAAUAACAAUUGGGGCAUUUUUCGGCUGUUGUGGUGUAUUGAAGGAAUCACAGUGUCUGCUGGUGUCGUUUUUCUGUGUAACUUUGGUGGUGAUGGUAGCUCAGAUAGCUGCUGGCGCUUGGGCCUUCCACAACAAAGACAAACUUGAUGACAUUGUUAGAGCUUCAGUGAAAUAUUCCGUACAAGAGGAAUAUGGUCAAUCAAGCAUGAGUUCACGUACGGUUACAUUCGAUACGAUACAAAAGAAUCUCAAAUGCUGUGGUGCUGAUGGUCCCGGUGAUUGGGCCACUAGUCGUUUUAACAAUGUAGAUCGUACAAAUAUUGUGGAUAUUGCUAUUUCUUCGAUGAAUGUCUUCUACAAUAUACCAGAAUCCUGCUGUAAAGAUGAACUCAAGGAAAAUGUUUGUGAAAUGUCUAGAAAAUUGAAAUUUGGAGGAGCUCUUAAUGCCGCCAUACACCAACAGGGUUGUGUGGAUAAACUAAUCGAUUUCAUAUACGAUAACUGGGUCUUAAUCUUUGGCAUAACGGCUGGUGUUAUUUUAUUGGAAUUAUUGGCUUUGACUUUCUCUUUAAGUUUAUGCUGUGCCGUCAGAAGUCAUCAGUAUAAAGCCUGAGAAUUACAGAAUUCCCAAAGGGAAAUAUCUGAUGAUGAAAAAUACUAACCAUAUUCUUUAAGGAAAAAACAACAACAACAACAGCAGCAAAAACAACAGCUUAAAUAUAAACUAGGAUAAAAAGAGAAUUAAUGAUAAUAUAAUUGAAAAAGAAAUGUUUUGAACAAAAAUUUCCCUUUUUGGGAAAUGAUUUUAGUUUU